CUUUGAAUUUAAAGGGUUAAAAUCCUGAAAAUUAAUGAAUAUUUGGUUUUAUCAUUAGCACUGAUGUUGGAUUAAAAAACAACUCAAGAAAAGUAGAAAAUAAUCAUGUAUAAUAUUUCUUGAAGCUUGAUUUUGUGUGCAGAGCGAUUCGAGUGUGUGUAACAUUAAAGCAGACCCUAAUAUGAAGAAUACAUGUAAACAAGUUUAAUAUUGACUGAUGAAAUGUGCAUUAUGUAAUUUUGAAUUAAUGAGACUAAAAUAUACAUUUAUAAGUGAGAUUUUGCUUAAAGAAGCUUCUUCUUCUCUUGCAGAUAAGCUGUAACGCCCUGAUGGAUGGCGUCAGCUGAGGUGAAUCCGGCCGCCGUCUGAACGGCCUCUGAGGUGACGGUGACCCUGAUCUCCCGGGCGUUCGCGGCAGUCGUGUGGUCACAGUGAUGCCCUCGGAGCGGGGAGGUGGCGCGUCCGUAAUCUUCUGCGGAGCUCAGCAUAUAAGAGGGGCCCAAAUCCCAGACUGGCCCUCACAGCAAACCCAGACCGACCAGUGCUGCGCUCACACCCACUCGUCUGGCUGUCCUUCACCCAGCAGCCGCUAUCAUCACGACGACUACACCUCAGAGCGGUGUCUCUAAAGCCAGCAUCCUGCACACAGCUAUCAUAAACUACUCAGAAUGAACCUCGAGCCGCCCAAAGCUGAGAUCAAGUCCGCCACCCGGGUCACCGGAGGCCCCGCCACCCCACGCAAGGGACCCCCCAAGUUCAAGCAGAGGCAGACCCGUCAGUUCAAGAGCAAGCCUCCAAAGAAGGGAAUCCAGGGAUUCGGUGACGAUAUCCCCGGAAUGGAGGGCUUAGGCACAGACAUCACCGUCAUUUGCCCCUGGGAGGCCUUUAAUCACCUGGAGCUGAAUGAGCUGGCCAAAUACGGCAUCAUCUGAGCCCUUCUUCCCCUCGCUGCAAUCCUCUGAGGAUUACAGGCCACCUUCAAACCAUCUGCCUCGGGCUCCAUCUUCAACCUCAAAUUGAACUAUUCCAAACAUAACAGACACAAAAAAAAAACGGAAAAACAGAAAAAGAAUCUACAAAAAAAAACUUUCUGUCCUUUUUCACAGGAGUCUUCUUCUGCAGUCACACUCAACAUCUGCUCACGUUUAGGAUCUGUUGAUUUGACAUCGUCACUAGAUCUGCACUGUUACUUUGAACCGCCUGCUCUCUUCUCUCGCUGCUCUUCUUCUUUCCUCUCGUUUUCUUUUCUUCUCACGGACAAAACACGAAACUUACGCAAGCAAGGCAGCCUCAGAAAUUGAGUUUAAGUGACAAACCCGUGAGGCGGGUGGGUUCCCGCUUCAUGUGCUUCGGCGCCUCUUUCGCCACCUCAGAGGCUUAUCCAACAUGAAAAAAAUAAAACCUAAAUUCUGUAGAGAUGGGACACAAGCUUGCCAUUGCUGAGCGUAACCUUUCAGUGGGAUAAUCACAAAUCCCCCUUCUCCUUCUGUUUUUAACACUUAACUGGACCCAUGUCGCAUAAAUCUUAUCACUGUACCAUCUUUGUUUUUCCUCUACAUUUUCCUAACUCCAUAAAACUUGAGCAAACUUACUUAAUCUCUUUCAAAAACAU